UCCAGUCCCGCCUUAUGGCUCGUCUAUGAGCCCUAGUUUGAUGCUGCGUCUUCGCGGCGAUGCUUUCUAGCUUGAUUUCCAGCUCCAGAGCCAGGGUUUGUCGAUGCGCGCAGCGCUGCCGCGGAUUACCGGGCCGGAGCUUGCUGGGUGAGGAAUGCGGCGAGGUAUUUGGGAUCCGGCGCAGCGUUCUUGUGUCGUGCUACAGGAAGGAGGCUGAUUUGCGGAAGAGCGACGGCCGUGAGGAGAAUUCCAAUGCCAGGCCGCCCCUGACGUACUUCAUCGCGAAAUAUUCUCGGGGAUCAUUCCGAUUCGAGCAGCGACGAUUUCACAACUCCGGCACGUCUCAUCGAGGAGAAGAAGAAGAACAAGAGAGCGAUCCACAACCCGCCGUAGUUCAUGGCCAUAGUGAAAGGGCUGUAGUGACUGCGCUUUGGUGCAAUUUUCUAGUUCUGUCUCUAAAGUGUGGCGUCUGGUUUAUGACUGGAAGCCAUGUUAUGCUCGCGGAAGCAGUACAUUCUCUAGCGGAUCUAGCGAACCAGGGGUUGCUUGCGUAUGGUCUCGUCAGCUCAAAGCGUGCUCCAGAUGCCCUUCAUCCGUAUGGUUACUCCAAAGAACGCUUCGUUUGGUCGCUGAUAUCAGCUGUCGGGAUAUUUUGUCUGGGCUCUGGCGCAACAAUUGUCCACGGAAUUUCCAACUUAUGGCAAGCUGAGCCUAUCGACAACAUCUUUUCUGCUGCCAUUGUCAUUGGUGGUUCAAUGUUAAUGGAAGGAGCUUCACUCUACGUGGCUGUGAACGCUGUGCGGCAAGGAGCUGCGUCGGAAGGAAUGAAGUUUCAAGAGUACAUUUGGCGUGGUCACGAUCCAACAUCCGUGGCUGUCAUGAUGGAGGAUGGUGCUGCGGUCACUGGCUUGUUUAUAGCUGCUAUGUCGCUGACUGCUGUGCAUUUAACGGGCAAUCCAAUCUGGGACCCUCUUGGAUCUAUACUCGUGGGAAAUCUUCUCGGAAUGGUGGCAGUUUUUCUGAUUCAACGAAAUCGCCAUGCUCUCCUUGGUCGCUCAAUGGAACCCAAGGAUGUGCAACGCGUGUUGGACUUGCUUGCAUCAGAUCCUGUUGUUGAUGCGGUCUAUGACUGUAAGAGCGAGGUGAUCGGGCCAGGAUCGUACAGAUUCAAGGCAGAAAUCGAUUUUGACGGUGUAGUAGUUGUACAUAAUUACUUGCAACGGACGGGGCGAGAAGCCUGGAUAAAGGAGUUUCAGAAUGCUGCGAAAGACCCUGCUGCUUUGGAGACCGCACUUGCAAACUACGGAGAAGAAGUGGUGGCUGCUCUGGGCUCCGAAGUGGACAGACUAGAGAAAGACAUCCAGAAGAUCGUUCCUGGCGUUCGGCAUGUAGAUAUCGAGGCUCACAAUCCCAAAGGUCCACUUCCAUAAAAGGGAUUUUGCUAAUACUUUUCUUGUGAAACUAACGACCUUUGACUGGA